AAAAAUAAACGGAACAAUUUCAUUGAAGGUAGGAAAAUCACUCAAUACGUACACGAAUUGGCAAACACAGAAAUCAAAACAGCGAUUUUUCCCGUUCUACGAAACGAUGAAAUUACGAAGGCCAUUCGGUACGACGAACUAAUAAUUAGAUACGGCAACAGGUUAUCCGAAAAGUUACCUGAUAUUCACCACCAUGAUCAAAUCCGAGCGAACAUGAGACUCUUGGGUCGAUUCAAAAUUGAGUGCAUAAAAUUACAUCCUGAAAUAAAGGAGUUGAAGGAAAUUUUUAAGCCACAUUAGUUUGAUAUGACAAUUGAAGCAUUACGCAAAACUGCAAAGUGGGAGUUUGGUCGGGGGUUUUCUACUCCAGCAGUUGCCACCAACUUAUCAGGUUCGUGGGAACAUACAAAAGAAUGAGUUCAUAAAAAAUCAAAAUAUUGAUAUGAAAGACCUUCUGGACAAUUUUGUUUCAUUGUGGGUUGAAGAGACUCCCACUCAAAUAAAUAAAACAGCUAUUGAAGAUAGAGAAAACAAAAAAAGAUCUAAGAAGGAAGAUUUGCCAAACAAAAAAGAUAUCAAACAACUUUAUGAUUUUCUAAGAACCAAAAUGGUAUAUUCUAUAGCUACAUUAACUAAACAAUUUAUCUUUGAUACUACUCUAAUAUGUCUACAAGUGUUCAAUCGACGACGAGCCGGUGAGAUCGAGAGAAUAACUAUUGAAAACUACAAUAAGAAGGAAACUAUUACUGACAAUAUAGAAGCUGGAUUUCUUGAUAAUAUUUCUAACCAAUCUUUUGAAUUCGCUAAACAGUAUGUAAGAAUUACCCUAAGAGGCAAAUUAGGACGUACUGUCAGCAUAUUGCCGGAUCCUUUAAGUAGAAAGGCAGUUGACCUUAUAUUAAAGCAUCGCAAUAGUGCCGGAAUCCCGAAAUCAAAUCACUAUAUUUUCGCGGCUCCCGGAUCAUCAGGAAUAUCAAAAAAAUAUAUAAGAGCUUGCCCGUUAUUACGCAAGUUUGCCUUAGAGUGUGGGGCUACUAUUCCUCACACAUUAAGAGGAACUAAAUUAAGGAAGCAUAUAGCAACGUAUACAGCUUUGCUAAACGUUGAAGAAGCCACAGUGGAUAAGCUAGCAAAUUUUCUUGGUCACCAUAAGGAUAUACACAAAAGUAUUUAUAGAGUAUCGGUACCAAUGGCGGAAAUCACUACAGUGUCGAAGAUUUUGCUGUCAGCUGCUGGUUGUAGGAAUGAGGAAAACUCCGAAAAUAAUAGUUUUGAUAAUCUUCGUGGAAACAUAACUUCCGAAUCUGAGUCAUCAUCUGAUGAAUCAGACAAUAUUACAUAUGGCGCAAAUUUGGUAAAAAAGAAAAUUGGUAGUAAGUAUAAUAGGAAGACUAGUAGUACCUACAAUAAGAAACUUGAUAGUAAGUAUAUUGAGUAGAAACUAUAACUAAGCUUGCGUAGACUUAUGUUUCAAAAUACACAGUGGUUAAUUUACCGAAAACCAUGACCAAAAUCAAAUGCAUUAUGAUCUAGCUUUAAUUUUUUUUGUAUUCCUGAUUUUAUAUUUCAUUUCACUUAACCCUCCUACUGAGUAUUAAUGUGGCCUUUUUGGUCCACUGUGUGGAUAAGCUAGCAAAUUUUCUUGGUCACCAUAAGGAUAUACACAAAAGUAUUUAUAGAGUAUCGGUACCAAUGGCGGAAAUCACUACAGUGUCGAAGAUUUUGCUGUCAGCUGCUGGUUGUAGGAAUGAGGAAAACUCCGAAAAUAAUAGUUUUGAUAAUCUUCGUGGAAACAUAACUUCCGAAUCUGAGUCAACAUCUGAUGAAUCAGACAAUAUUACAUAUGGCGCAAAUUUGGUAAAAAAGAAAAUUGGUAAUACUUCUUGCGGAAAAACAAAAAAAUGCCGGUGGACAAUCGAUGAGCAAGAAGCUUUGACUGCUGAAUUUGGGGAUAUUUUUUCAAUGGAAAAGUUGCCAUCUCUCAAGGAGUGCAUGAGGGUCGUGUCUGAAAAUGAAGUGCUAUGCUGCAGAACCCCAGCACAAGUAAAAACGUUUAUAGACAGCAAAAGGAAAAAAGGCAAAAAAAUUAAGGUUGAUAUUAAUGAUGAUAUUAAUGAUUUUAAUAAAGAUAUUAAUGAUGAAAUUUUUCAUUCAUUACAACCCUUUUCGGGUAGUUAUUUUACAAUGCAAUGCUGUUAAAUUAAUAUAUGCACAAUGUGCACUAAAUCUUGUAAUAAUUUAUAUACAUUAUAAUAUAAUUAUAAAUGUAUACUUAUAUAAAAAAAUAAGUCAUAUAAUUUAAUACAAACCGCUUUAUUUAUAUACACGAAUAUAAAAACUUCAAAUGUUUAUUUAAAAUUAAGAGUGUAAUAAAAUUGCACUAUAAUUCUAACUG